AUGAAUUGUUUAUAUACUAUACUUUUAAAUGAUAACUACAUUUCUCAAAUUGACGAAAACGCUUUUCGCGGAAUUGAAGCCCAUAUUACAGGAUUAUAUUUACAAACAAAUAGUUUCCACUAUCUUCCAGAGAACACCGGCGUCUUUAUCGUGUUUCUCUACCAUGUGUUCACGCAUUUCUUCAUGAUACCACUUCUGAUCCUUGCUCAAAUCCCAAAUGCAAUAUGUGUUCUUUCAGCACUUUACAAAUUAGAUUUACAUGGCAACUAUUUCUUUAAUGAAAGCAAAUCAGACGUCUUUGAACCAUGUAAUCCAAUACUCGGCACGCCAGGUGUUAGAAUUAUAAAUUAUUCAGAUAAUCGUGUGGAUUACUUUCCGAACAUUUUUACAAUGUUUCCACGUGUUCUCACUCUUUCUAUGUACAACAACAGCAUGAGGUUUAUGGAUGAAGACAUGUUUGAAGAAAAUGUGUAUGUUGAGAGCCUUCAUCUGCAUACGAACCAGUUCAGACGAAUACCCAAUGGCUUGAAUAUCUUUAAAAAACUUAUUAUAUUACUACGUCAACGACAUUUGAUAGAAAACGUAGAUGACAAUGACCUUAUUGGAUUACGCAGUUUGACCAUCAUUAAUCUAGCACACAAUCCAAUCCAGUUCAUCACGAACAAGGCAUUUCAAAGCAACAUACAUCUCACCACCGUAGAUUUGUCUCACACCUUUCUGACCAGCAUACCUGCCGCCGUUACCAUGUUACCGGCUCUACAGACUUAAGGUCUAGAAGCAAAUUACAUCGAAUGCACGUGCGACCUGGCCAGUCUGAAGAAUUGGAAUGUGUCUUCCAUACAAAUACUCGGACUAUGUUACCUAACAAAUAAACCAAUUGUGACGUUUAUCAAGACAUACAUCGACGCGGGUAAGUGCUAACCCGUGCAAAAACGAUGACAGCCUACAACAGAUUCUGGAGAUUAUUUGAAAACAAUCAUCCGCACUUGGAAAUUAUAAUGUGACAUAUAAAAGUUACAAACAAAAAACUUUAUGCAUAGCAGUAUGUAAAUACGAAUAUUGUUUUAUAUUUUGUAUGGACAACUUGAUUCACUUUGUUUAAUGUGACACUAAUAACCAUAACUGUUAUGUUUGCAAGCUUGGAAUAACUUAAAUGCAACUUAUGAGCAAAACUCUGAUUCGCAUUCGUUGGAAGAUGGAAAUGAUUCAGAAUGAAAUUAAACUGUACAUAAUUCCGUUAUAUUCAUAAUACUGAAAAGCAUAUUAACGCAUGUGUGAUGCAACGCGGAAAGGAACUAUACUUUAUUUUUAUUAAGUUUUUUCCAUAAACAAAUUGCGGUUAAAACUGGAGCUUUUCAUUUCUGAAAGCAAAUUGAUAUAUUCAUUUUACAUUAAUUGUGUAGUAUGACAAUUACUAAUCAGUGUGUAACAAUGAUCUGUGUACAUCUGUGUUUGCAAAAUGUCUGAAUUGCAAUAAAUAAAUCUGUACAGGUUUGAGAAAAUAAAUAACAAUAAUUAUGCAA